ACAGGUGGAUGGAUAAAUAAGCAUGGCCUUGCUCCUGGUCUCCUUGCUGGCAUUCCUGGGCUCCGGAGCUGGUUGUCAUCACUGGCUGUGCCAUUGCUCUGACAGGGUCUUCCUCUGCCAAGACAGCAAGGUGACAGAGAUUCCUUCCGACCUCCCCCGGAACGCCAUUGAACUGAGGUUUGUACUCACCAAACUUCGUGUCAUCCCACAAGGAUCAUUUUCCGGAUUUAAGGACCUGGAGAAAAUAGAGAUCUCUCAGAAUGACGUCUUGGAAGUAAUAGAGGCAGAUGUGUUCUCCAACCUACCCAAGUUGCAUGAAAUUAGAAUUGAAAAGGCCAACACUCUGCUGUACAUCAAUCCUGAGGCCUUCCAGAACCUUCCCAAUCUACGAUAUCUGUUAAUAUCCAACACAGGCAUUAAGCACUUGCCAGUGGUUCAUAAGAUUCAGUCUCUUCAAAAGGUUCUAUUAGACAUUCAAGAUAACAUAAACAUCCACACCAUUUCCAGGAAUUCCUUCAUGGGGCUGAGUUAUGAAAGCGUAAUUCUAUGGCUGAAUAAGAAUGGGAUUCAAGAAAUACACAACUGUGCAUUCAACGGAACACAGCUAGAUGAGCUGAAUCUAAGUGAUAACAAUAAUUUGGAAGAAUUGCCUAAUGAUGUUUUCCAAGGAGCCUCGGGGCCAGUCAUUUUAGACAUCUCAAGGACAAAGGUCCAUUCUCUGCCUAGCCAUGGCUUAGAAAACCUGAAGAAGCUGAGAGCCAGAUCCACUUACAGCUUAAAAAAGCUUCCUAGCCUGGAAAAGUUUGUCACUCUUAUGGAGGCCAGCCUCACCUACCCCAGCCAUUGUUGUGCCUUUGCCAAUUGGAGACGGCAAAUCUCUGAACUUCAUCCGAUUUGCAACAAAUCUAUUUUAAGGCAAGAUAUUGAUUAUGUGACUCAGGUCAGGGAUCAGAACGUCUCUCUGAUAGAUGAUGAACCCAGUUAUGGGAAAGAAAACGACAUGAUGUACAGUGAAUUUGACUACGACUUAUGUAAUGAAGUUGUUGAUGUGACCUGCUCCCCAAAGCCAGAUGCAUUCAAUCCAUGUGAAGAUAUCAUGGGGUACAACAUCCUCAGAGUCUUGAUAUGGUUUAUUAGCAUCCUGGCCAUCACUGGGAACAUCAUAGUGCUAGUGAUCCUAACUACCAGCCAAUACAAACUCACCGUGCCUCGGUUCCUGAUGUGUAAUCUUGCCUUCGCUGAUCUCUGCAUUGGAAUCUACUUGCUACUCAUAGCAUCAGUUGAUAUCCAUACCAAAAGCCAGUAUCACAAUUACGCCAUUGACUGGCAAACGGGAGCAGGCUGCGAUGCCGCUGGCUUUUUCACCGUUUUUGCCAGUGAAUUAUCAGUCUACACACUGACAGCCAUCACCCUGGAAAGAUGGCAUACCAUCACUCAUGCCAUGCAGCUGGAACACAAGGUACAGCUCCGACAUGCUGCCAGCAUCAUGGUGAUGGGCUGGAUCUUUGCCUUUGCAGCUGCUCUCUUCCCUAUCUUUGGAAUCAGCAGCUAUAUGAAAGUGAGCAUCUGCCUACCCAUGGAUAUUGACAGCCCUUUGUCACAGCUGUAUGUGAUGGCCCUCCUUGUCCUCAAUGUCCUGGCCUUUGUAGUCAUCUGUGGAUGUUACACCCAUAUCUAUCUCACAGUGAGGAACCCUAACAUCGUGUCCUCAUCAAGCGACACCAAGAUUGCCAAGCGCAUGGCCACACUCAUCUUCACUGACUUCCUCUGCAUGGCCCCAAUUUCUUUCUUUGCCAUCUCAGCCUCACUCAAGGUGCCCCUCAUCACUGUGUCCAAGGCCAAGAUCCUCCUGGUCCUAUUCUACCCCAUCAAUUCCUGUGCCAAUCCUUUCCUCUAUGCCAUCUUCACCAAGAACUUCCGCAGGGAUUUCUUCAUCCUGAUGAGCAAGUUUGGUUGUUAUGAAACACAAGCCCAGAUUUAUAGGACAGAAACCUCAUCUACUGCCCACAACUUCCAUGCAAGAAAAGGCCACUGCCCGUCAGCUCCCAGAGUCACCCAUAGCUCCAGUUACAUGCUUGUCCCUCUGAGUCAUUCAGCCCGGAACUAAAAUGCAAUGUGAAAAUGGAUCAUCACCUCAAAUGACAAUGACUUCCUUCUGAAGAGUAGG